CGACAGUGGCAAGGAAAAUCUCCCUCAGACGACACGAGGAAGAAACCUCGAGAGGAACCAGACUCAGAAAGUCAUUUCUCAGUCUUCUUGCACUGCGGAUUAGUGGAAUGAGCUGCUUGUGUCCCGGUGUUGUUUCCUGUGCAGUAUGGGAACUGCCGUGUCCAAAAGAAAGAAUUUAAGGAACGAUGCCAUUUCUUCCGUCGCCGCAAAAGUUAGAGCAGCUCGAGCAUUUGGAGAGUACCUGUCACAAAACAACACCGAGAACCGCAACGGAUCAGAUCACCUGCUGUCUGACACCUUUGUUGGCCAAGACUCUGAAUCCCCAAGCAUUAGCUGCCUGCACAAGAAUAACCAUCUGCAGCCAUACUCUAGUACAUCUCCCAUAGCCAAGCACUCACAAGAUCAGCCAGAGCCGGGCCUCGUGCCAGUUCCUGUGUCCGCCAGCGCCAAGCGUCGUCUCUCUGUGGAGCGCAGCCUCUCAUCUGAGGAUCAGCCACAAUCCCAGCAGCCCCAACAGAGUUCAGUGAAGCCAGCACGUGUCUAUACUAUCAGCAGGGAAGGUGGCAUGUUGGGAGCCAGGGAUAGCGAGGAGAGCCUGGAGCUCGAGGUCCUAAAGGGCCCUCAAGCUCGCACCAACCACCAGAGGACAAGCCAUCGCAGUGGUCAUGCCCAUCAUCAUCACACUCCAUCUUCUCAGCCACUACAGAGCUCAGGAAGCGCACAUAACAUCCGGGAUUGGGGUUCGAGACGGAGUGGUUCAAGGGAGGACUGUCCACGGUCGUCGUGUCACAGCCAGCGCUCACUCGACCUUGAUACGGUGCCAAGAGAUGGCUCCAAACAGCGCAAGAAACUCGAGAGGAUGUACAGUGAGGAUCGGGUGUCCAGCGAGGACCGAGAAGAGCAGACCAACAACUGGUUACCCAAAGAGAACAUGUUUAGCUUCCAGACUGCCACCACCACCAUGCAAGCAAUAUCGGCUUUCCGCGGCUUUGCUGACAGAAAGAGGAGGAAAAGAGAGCAGGAGGCCACCGCACUGAUGGAGAGAAACUUCCGGAAGCACCUGCGGAUGGUGGGCAGCAGGAGGAUGAAGGCCCAAUCAUUCGCCGAUCGCAAAGCGAAGAGCUUCAGCCGCUCCUGGAGUGACCCUACACCCAUCAAGCCAGACUCGCUCCACGACUCCAGAGACAGUGGAGAUCUGCAGGCGUCCUCGGGCACUCUGGAUGAGGGAGAGUAUGAUGAUGUGGACUGGGAGGAGGAGAAAGAGCUGGAGCGGCUGGCCUGUGAAGGCGAUGACUUCAUCCCUCCCAAAAUAAUGCUGAUUUCAUCCAAGGUUCCCAAGGCGGAGUAUGUGCCCAACAUCAUACGCAGGAACGACCCGUCCAUCAUCCCCAUCCUCUACGACCACGAGCACGCGACUUUUGAUGAUAUACUGGAGGAGAUUGAAAAGAAACUCACCGCCUACAGAAAAGGCUGCAAAAUCUGGAACAUGCUUAUUUUCUGUCAGGGAGGACCGGGGCACCUCUAUCUCCUGAAGAACAAAGUGGCCACAUUUGCUAAAGUGGAGAAGGAGGAGGACAUGAUUCAGUUCUGGAAAAAACUGGCUCGGCUUAUGAGUUUGUUGAAUCCUGAGCCCAAUCUCAUCCAUAUUAUGGGCUGUUAUGUGUUGGGUAAUGCUAAUGGAGAAAAGCUUGUGCAGAACCUCAAGAGGCUGAUGAGACCAUAUGCUGUGGAGUUUAAGAGUCCUCUGGAACUCUCUGCACAAGGGAAGGAGAUGAUCGAGAUGUACUUUGACUUCCGUCUGUUCCGACUAUGGAAGAGCCGGCAGCACUCCAAACUCCUCGACUACGACGACCUUCUGUGACACCUCGUCCUUUCUCUUUAGAGCGCCCGAGAAAGGCGCGUAGCUCCAUUUAGGGCCCUACUGCGGCUGUGUUCCCCUCUAGAGCCUCAGCGUGAAAGCUCUGAGCUGGAGGAAGGUGAUGCAGAAGCAUAAAGAUGGCUGUUUGAAUUGUUCGCUCUGGC